AUGAAAGAACAAAAAAACCUGCGAAAUUUGCUUAAACAAGAAUUAUUAAGCAAAAUCAGUGGGAGAGUUACUCCAAAUGAAAUAAAAAAAAAGAAGGCAAAUAAUCGUAAAUUAAAUAUCACAAUUCUUAAUCAAAUAAAAUAUUUUAGAAAUCUCAAAAAAAAUCAUGAAAUUCAGGAAGUUCAGGAAGGAAUUGGGCAUGUCGAAAAUCAGGAAGUACCUGGGCGAGAAAAUGAAGCUCAGGAAGGAAUUGGGCACGUCGUCGUAAAUCAGGAGGUACUUAGACGCGUAAACGAAAAACAAGGACUUGGGCGCGUAAACAAAACUCAGAAAGGACUUGGGCUCGUAAUCGAAAAUCAGGAAGAAUUUGUGACCGUAAAUGAAAAUCAUGAAAAACCUGAUCACGUAAAUGAAAAUCUGAUAGGAAUUGGGCGCGUAAACAAAACUCAGAAAGGACUUUGGCUCGUAAAUGAAAAUCAUGAAGGACUUAGAUGCGUAAAUGAAGAUCAGGAAACGAAAAUGAAUUCUCAAAGAUAUAAGAAAGAGAUGAUAAGCGAGUUUGAGAGAAUUGUUAUCGAUAAUAGUUCAAACAACGAUAAAUUUAUUAAUAUUUUGGAAAAUGAGGAUAUACAAAUCAAGGAAGCUUUUAAUGGAACUAAGAAUAAGGAUUACAGAAAAUGGUUUUAUAUGUUAAAGUUUUUAAAAUUAACUAAAAAUAAGAAUAACAGUGAAGUUGGAAAUAUUUUAGGAAUAAAAAGCGCAAAUAUUAGAAAACAGAUGGAUUGUUUCAAGAAAGUUGAAUGUUACUUGUCAUAUCUCCGAAGAUGUAAUAAGAAUUACAACAGUUUAAAACUACAAAUUGUUUAUUUUCAAAAAAUUCUUAAUGAUGAUUGGAAUGAAGUAUUAAUCAAUUUAAAUAGAGUAAUACAAAAUAAUAUGAUCAAUUAA